AUGAAACCAGGAAGUCACACGGACGUGUCCCUCUUCGGGAUUCAAGAGCAACCUGACAUAUGAGGAACUGUAGUGAGCGUCUAUAAAAACCUUACCUCUGACUGUAAUGAGUUCUGAUCAGCUGUUUAUUGUGAGGAAACUCUUCUCUGACAUCGCUCCCGAACUCGCUCAUCAAGGUCACAAGUAGCAGUGGAUGUGGCGAGAGCUCAGCCUGCAGCACACGUGGUUUAUUUGAGGGUUAAAACGCACAGGUGUCGGCGGAAACAUGGCGGGACUUGUGAACUUUAAGGACGAGAAGGAGGUGAAGGAGUUUCUGGACAACCUGGGGGUGGAGUACAGCUUCCAGUGCUACAAAGAGAAGGACCCUGAAGGCUGUCAGAGGCUGGCAGACUACAUGGAUGGGGUGAAGAAGAACUACGAGUCUGCAGCACAGGUGCUCAAACACAACUGUGAAACUAAUGGACAUGGAGAUAGCUGCUACAAACUGGGGGCCUACCAUGUCACAGGGAAAGGUGGAGUGACCCAGUGUCUGAAAACUGCCUACUCUUGCUUCCUUCGCUCUUGCCACACUGGAGGAAAGAAGUCUAUAGAUGCCUGUCACAACAUUGGCCUGUUAGCCCAUGAUGGACGAGCUAUGGAGGGAGGACCCGACCUUAAAGCCGCACAGCAGUACUAUGAGAAGGCCUGUGCUGGUGGCUUCGCUCCCUCGUGCUUCAACCUCAGUGCUUUGUUCAUUGAGGGUAAUUCCAAAGGAAUUGAGCCAGACAUGACUCAAGCUUUAAAGUUUGCUCACAGGGCUUGUGAGCUGGGACAUGUGUGGGGCUGCGCCAAUGCAAGUCGCAUGUACAGACUCGGGGACGGAACAGAGAAGGAUGAGAAGAAAGCAGAGGACCUGAAGAACCGAGCGAAGGAGCUUCACACACAAGAGAAGGAGAGGCAGCUCAAGUUUGGGGAGUGAAUGUGACACACUUUGUUAUGUCAUUGAGGGGAGUUGUUCAAAGGUUUGAAGGGAUCUGAUGUUAGUUAAAUAGCAGCCUAUAGACCAUGAAAUUCAGUGAGCUGUGGCAACUUGAGUAUGAGUAGAGUUCAUCAAAAUGUGUUCAAGAGUUAUAAAAGUAAUAAAGUAUUUUGUUAAUCCAUCCACUAUGGAGAAUGUGUA